AUGCCCUUGAGUUUUGGUUCAUCUUUGGAUAGCGAAACUAGUGAUACUUUCAUGCCGUCAUACACUAGAAGAAGAGCUAGAGCACCCUCUUCGAUUAACCAGCAGUCACCGUCAAGAUACAGUGGUGAACAGGACAAUUUGCAGUUAUUCGACAAGGAGCAACUUGCAAAAUUACUGAUCCAUGCCUUGAAAGAGCUUGGGUACACAGGGUCCGCUCAGGCGUUACAACAGGAGACAGGAGGUAUACAAGUAGAAUCAUCUUUGGUACAGAGACUGUUCAAUAUUAUAAGAAAUGGCCACUUUGAACAAAUUCGUCUUUCAUUGAUUUCGCAAUUGCCCUUGAAAUAUGGUACAUUGAGUCUUCAUCGACUGAAUGGCAAGUAUCAACAAGAAGAUGCAACGGCCUAUAAUACAAAGGAAGAACAUUCUAUGAAGAUCGAAAACGUUCUCUCUAAGCCCACUGACUGGCAAAAGGUAGUUACACAGACGGCUGAGGAAUUAAAAAAUUUUGAAGAUAUAAUGCCUUCUCCAGAAAGUAACUACGACUCUCAGACCGUUCUGCAACUGAUAACUGUAGUGGAAAUUAUGGUACACAUCAACAGAGAGAUUUUUCUGGAGUUAAUCUUCGAUCAAGAGGAUUCACACAUGGCUGUUUUGUUCUUGCGUAAUAUUCUCCGCAAACUCAUCGAGACGUGGGAUUCUCUUCUCACCCUACGAAGUGACCUACUGGAUGAAAAUGAAAACUUCACACCUGAUAAGGUUCUUAAAGAGUUGACAACCGUUUUGACGAGCCCUGAAAAUUCGAGCCUUCGGUCAUUGGCAUGGCAAGGAUCAGCAGCAAAGUCAAGGGACUUAUUGAUAGAAGAAAUUUCUGACUACAUUAAUCCAAAUGACUUGGUGCCCAGAAAUCGUUUGAUCACCUUACUGAAGCAAGCUAUAAAGUACCAGCGCUCUCAGGACGUUCUUUACAUAUCUGACGAUGGUGAAUACAACGAUGACGGUGAAGAGGCAACGGAUGACGGAUAUGAUAUUGUAAAAGAUAGGACUUUUGCUGGCCGCAAGUUCAAUCUGCUACAAGAUAACACUUCGAAUUUUCAACAGAUCAAGUUUUCUGAAGAGAAGACCUUGGUGCAAAAUGCAGAUGAGAUAUGGUUUUUGCAGUUUUCACCAGAUGGAAAAUAUCUGGCUAGUGCAACUGCUGAUUCUCUCACGGAUCGUAAGAUCAUGAUAUAUGAUGUUGAGAAUGAUUUCCAAGUCUAUAAAGUACUUGGCGGGAUCGACCUGUGCGUGCUAUACCUUUCAUUUUCACCAGAUAGCCGGUAUAUUGUUUCAUGCCCCUUUAAUAAAGUGGCUAACAUAUACGAUAUACACUCUAAGGGUGAACCUACAUUUAUCAAUCCAAGGAUUGAAGGCGGCAUAGUUGCAGAAAUUAUUCAACCAGUUGAUUCCUUCCAAAUUCCUGGCAAUACUCCUGUCACUGGAGUAGCCACCAAUAGCUCUAGCGAACCUCCAAGAAUAUGGUGUUGUGACUGGUUUCAUACUCCUGAACACGAGGGAAGGUUGAUAGUGGGAUCACCGGACCGCGAAGUGGUCAUUUAUGAUUUGAAAAGCAAGACGGUUCUGAUGAAGCUUUCUUCAUCGACAUCUGCGUCUUCUAACAGCCUGAGCGGUGUGAGUCAACCUUCGACCGAGCAAUUCCCCCGCGUCCAUGAUCUUAAGAUCACAGCAGAUGACAAAUACCUAAUUUUAAUGCCCCACCAAGGUAACAUAGACGUUUAUGAUUUAUCUGUGUUCCCCAACAACGGAAAGGCGGAAAAGAAUGAGAUAUCAUUUGAAAAAUUAGUACUUCCUCGAGUGUCUCGAUUCAACAUACCUAACAGAAUGACUUGCAUUUCCUUGCCUCAAAUUAAAGAUGCCAAUAGUCCUUUGGCUUCUUUGAUGCUGGUCAGUUUGAAAUCAAAUGAGCUUCAGUUAUGGGACUUCCACGAACAGAUUCUAGUUCAAAAAUAUUUUGGCCAGAAGCAAGAACAGUUCAUAAUCAGAUCUUGUUUUGGGUACAAUAAUAAAUUGGUAGCCAGUGGUUCCGAGGAUGGUAAAAUUUACAUUUGGGAUAGAUUUAACGGAAACAUAAUCAGUGUUUUAACUGCUCAUAUUUCGGACAGGCCCACUACUAAUGGCAGCAGCAAGAAGUCCACAAAAACAUGUAAUGCAGUUGUUUGGAGCCCUACAGACAAAACGCUGUUUGCAUCAGGUGGUGAUGAUGGGUACAUCAAGAUAUGGAGGGUCGGUAAGGAGUGA